UAGGCUCCUCCACAAAGGCAACUGUCGCUGCUCGGCGCGCGGUCCCUCGCGCUGUUAGAGUAACAGUCAUCGGGUUGUGGUUCGCACUGGUCUUCAGGGUCGAGCUCAGUAACUGUCAGUCGCUGACUCGCCUGUGAAAUCACUACUGGCUGCUGUUAGUUAAUUGGAAAUAAAGCAGGAAAAAUCAACAAAGAGUUUAUAAUCAGAGAUGAGAUGAUCUUUCAUCAGAUUAUGAGAUGACUUCCAUUUGCCAUUUGCUCUCAGGAGAGGAUGAAGAUUAUUUUGUACAGCAUGAACAAGUGGAAUGGGAGAUUCUAAAUAAACUCCUUCAGCACCAUGGAUUCAACCCAAUUCAUCUUGCAGAUCCACAAACCAAAGAUUUAACAGCUGUGGUUCUUCUGGGCAAACAAUCAGGAAUUGAAAUCAGACAUGUGGUGGCAACUCUAAUAAAAGACACUGAACGACGUCAGGCAUUGAUCCGGGAUCUUAUCCAGUCCAACAAUGAAUUGAAGAAUGAUUUGCGUCAGCAGCAAAGUAAAGCCUCUCGGUAUGAACAGCGAGCAUCAGACCUGGAACAUAUCGUUGAAGAUGUUAAGGGCAAGAUUCAGGAUUUGGAGAGUGACUUCUUAGCCAAGGAUUCACAGCAGAAAAAUCUAAUUGAACAGCUAGAGCGAGAAAAACAAGACAGCCAGGUUCAUCACCAACAAUUGAAACAAAAGUUGCAUGAACAAGAAGAAACUAUUUUGCGAUUGCAGAAAAAGUUGUACAUGGUAGUGACAGAGGAAGAGCAACGCAUUGAAAGACGGAACAAAAUAUUUCACAAGUUUCAUAAGCGAGUUCCCAAAACACAUUCUGCAUUUGAUCAACAGUUACUUGACGAAACGCAGAAUCAUCGCACCCAACAGGAUUGGAGGAAAGAUGAGGUUGAUGAAACUGUUAGAAAAAGAAGAGAACACUCAAGAAACAAAGGCAAGAACAAGUAUUCAGUUCCAGAUACAAUUUCCAAUCGCAAGACAUUGGUGAAGGUAUAUGAAGACUAUUUACAAGAAUCGAGAGCUAAGAAUGAGAAGAUUUUUCAGAAACAAUGGAAUUAUAAGUUUUUAGGUAAUGGUGAUGGAAAAGAUGAAAAGGAAGGAAAAUGGGAUAGUAUGAAAAUUGAAGACAUAGAUUACAUGCAGGGAAGUGAUUGCAAACGGUUCCUGAAGAAUCUUUGCAAAGAGAUACAAAUCCAGGAUGUAAAUAAUCUUAUACCAGCUGUCCGUGAAAGAUCGAAAUUAGCAGCAGCAUGUCCCAAACUGCAGAAGAUUCUGAAUGAUAUUAAUUCAGUUGUAAGCAAUGGAACCAAAAGUCAGAAGUUGUUCUUGCAGUCUCAUGCAGAACUUGGUGUAGGAAAUAUAUUGAUGUAUGAAAAUCUUGUCUCUACGGUAGAGAAAUGGGCUGAACAGUUAAUGGCACUGAAGGACUUGCACAGAUCUUUGAAGAAGUUAUCAAAGUUGGGACCCUGGAAACUUGUGGAUUUAUCUGACCCAAGUCAUGAAAUCUGUGUUCAAGACUUACAGUUGAUAGUAGACGAAAUAUUGAACAAUCUCAUGAAUAAAAAGAACAUGACUGGAUUACAAGAAAGUAAACAGCCACUGGAAGCUAUUGUAUCUCAUUUCCAGAAAUUGUUUGAUGUCACUUCUCUUAGUGGCGUUUAUCCACGGAUGAAUGAGGUGUACAGCAAACUUGGUGAAAUUAGCAAUGUUAUGAGAAGUCUUAAACAACUUUUAGGGCUAGAUGACUCCAUCUCUCCCCAUGUAUUGGUGAAUAAGAUUGAGAAAUUGUGCAGCUCUAUCAAUGAAGAUGCCUGCAGACAGGUGCAGCAUCUUCUGGGAACACAGGACAUCGACAGCAUAAUCAACAAGUUGAAAGAACAUGAAGAGUUUUUCCCUGCAUUUUAUGCUCUCAUGCAGGAACUGCUCCAGAUAUUGGAGAUAGAUAGCCUGGAUUAUGUUCUUCCAACAGUUCGUGCUCUAAAACUGCAAUGAGGUGAAUUCCAAGUGGUGGUUAUGUGAUGUACUUGUGGAAUAAUAUGGAUUUGUACGAUUGGUAGUGGUUUAUAUGAAUUUCUAUUUUUUAAGAUAUGCCUUGAUUAAAUCAUUUUUAAAGAUUAGUCUUUUAUUAAUAAAUCCAUUCAUUU